UCUUUAGAACAUUUUUAAUAGCAUGUUUACAAGACGUCACAUAAAAUUUUGUAUAAACUAUGACGUCUUUAAAAUCCGAUGCCAAAAAUAACUAUUUUUAAAGAGUUUAGAUGGUAUUAAACGCAACUUAUCGUAAAGAAACGUUUGUUAUACCUGAUUUGUUAAGCCCUUAGAUUAAAAAAAUAUGUAGAGGGUGUUAUCCUUUCUGUUUAUAUUUACUACAAAGAACGAUUACCACUAACGAAUGGUAGUUACUAUCUGAAUUUCAAAAAUAGCAUGUAUUCUAUUUUGGUCAUCGCUUCGUCACUUUAUCAAUGUUAUCACCUUCGUAACAUUCGACACCGUUUGUAUUUAUUUGGGCAAUCACUGUAACUUCAGCAAAUAGAAUACGUAUAUAAGGAGAUGUAUCUGGAUACCUCAUCACUUACAACUCAUUGUUUAAAGGAGAUUGAUACAAAAUGUUCACUUUGAAGCACAUAAUCGUUUGCCUGGUCAUAGCGGCGGCAGCUGCUGACUCGACUGAUAAGCCGGAAGUCGCAAUACUUACCGAAAAGAGCAACAUCAGUGAAACCGGAUAUGACUUCGAAUUUAAGACAAGUGAUGGCGUGUCCCGUAAGGAAGAAGGUCAGCUAAUAACCGUUGGAGAGCACCAGGGUAUUGGUGUGAGAGGAUCCUACUCUUACAACGCUCCCGACGGUCUACAGUACAUCGUUACAUUUGUUGCUGAUGAUAAAGGUUUCAAGCCCACAAUCCGCGUUGCUGAUCCUCAAUAAACUAUUCGAAUUUUGAA